GGCAACGAAAACGCCUAGCGGCAGCACAUUGAACUAGAUGCCGGUGUUGUAAUACCACAUUCAGACAGAAUCGUUUCAUUCAUAGUAGAUGGUUGUAGUUGUUGUUCAUAGUAACGUAGUAACAGUUUGCCUCUCCUGGCUUGUGCAGUGAUUGUUGUGAAUGUAGCGCGUCUAUUCAUUCAACUUUUAUAAUUAUUUCACACCGGGUUGUUGUUUAAUUUGCAAAAGUGGAUAAGUUUUCGCUCACUGGCAUGGCGUCCUUGUUUGGACUCUUCAAUCGGCGAAUGAUCAUCGACUUCAUUUGUAUAAUCUCAGUUGGAGUUGCUUUAUUGAUCGUCGAGCUAUUUGGAAGUCCUUUUAAAAGCGGGUUUUAUUGCUCGGAUACAUCAAUAAAAUAUCCAUACUAUGAAUCAACAAUCUCAACUGGAGUGUUGGCUAUUGUAGCGCUUCUCUUUCCUGUACUUAUUAUGAUGAUAUGUGAAGGCAUCUACCUGUUCGAGUCGAGCACGCCACGUGACUCGUGGAACAGCAUCAGUCUGCGACUGGCAACACUCUGCUACCACUUUGGUGGCCUGUUCAUCUACGGCGCCGGCCUGUGCCAGAUGUCGGUGACUGUCGCCAAGUACACGGUCGGCCGCCUCAGGCCACACUUUGUCGCUGUCUGCCAGCCAAGCGUCAACUGCAACACCCACGACCCCUACGACUAUGUCACCGACUAUGUGUGCACUAACCGGGACAAUGACAAAACGCUCGAUGCCAGGCUAUCUUUCCCAUCUGGACAUGCUUCAAUGGCGUUUUAUUCAGCAACGUACACAGUGCUGUAUCUUCAAAAACGAAUGCCGUGGAGAGUAUCAGUGGUGGUGAGCCACUUAAUUCAAGCUCUGUUAUUGUUUGGAGCGUGGUACACAGCUAUGACCAGGAUACAGAACAAUAUGCAUCACUGGGGGGAUGUGCUGGUAGGCAUGCUCAUUGGAGUAUUCUGGGCAAUAUUUUUCGUCAAGUACGUGGUGAAUCUGCAGUUGACCGCUUCCAGCGAAAGUGAGACGAGUAUUCAUCGAUCCAGCCGGGAGACAUCGAAUAAUGCUGCCGUAUAAAUCAAUGUUGCAAACUGAACUUAACAUGCAUUCAACACGGAUGCGAUAUUCUGUUCUCGUUUUAGAGAGCAAACCAUAUCUAUAAAUAAAAUUAGUCGUCUACAAAGUGUUGACAAAGAUUUACCCGAUUUCAAGUGAUUUUUUUUAUGAGAGAAGGCUUAUCAUCAACAAAUUACCUACAUAUAAAAUUGCUCACAAAACAUCAAGUCUGCUGACACGCAGAAGGCAGCCGGGUUAUAGCAAAGCAAAUAAAACUGAAGCAACUUCAUAAA